UUGGCGCCCAUUUGCAACCGGCUUUUCGACUUUUAUUUUAAUUUCACUUAUUAAGCCCUUAUAAUUCGGUUCCGUUUUUCAUAUUAGACGUGCUACGAUGUCUUCUAAUGGUACCAACGGUGAGGAUACAGAAAUGGCGGAGUGCGAGGGCGAAAAAGUCGUAACAAUGAUGGACGUACUUCAAGAACAACAAGAAUUCGAAGAAGACGCUAAUGCCGUUCUUGGAGCUUCAGACGACAAAAACUGUACAUACAGUAAGGGAUAUAUAAAACGCCAAGCUGUCUAUGCAUGCCUGACUUGCUGCAAUGAUGCUAAAAAUGACCCAGACAAGCGUGCUGGUGUGUGUCUUGCCUGCAGUUUGACAUGCCAUGAGAACCAUGACCUUGUAGAGCUCUAUACCAAACGCAACUUCCGCUGCGACUGUGGGAAUCCCAAAUUUAACCACCCCUGUCAACAUACUGAAAACAAGACAUCUCUCAAUGAUGAAAAUAUUUACAACCAGAAUUUUAGUGGUCUCUAUUGCACCUGCCACCGACCCUAUCCCGAUCCGGAUGGAGAUGAAGAAGAGAUGAUUCAAUGCAUAGUAUGUGAAGACUGGCUUCAUUCUUCACACUUAGAAGCUACAGUACCUUCCCCUGAGGUAUAUGCUGAAAUGAUCUGCAAAGCUUGCAUGGAUAAUAAUGAAUUUCUUCAUGAUUAUAGUAAAUAUGCUGUUAAUGGUGAUGUUGAUGUAGUGAGUAUCACCGAGUGUGAUGAGUCCAAACGCUGCAAUGGAGAUACAAAUGACGUGAAUGCAGUAAAUGUUAAAACAGAUAAAGUUGAAAGUGAAAGUGCUAAUGACUCUGGCAUAUUGACAAAAGAUGAUAAUCCCACUGAAGUUACAAAUGUUAAAACAGAUAAAGUUGAAAGUGAAAGUGCUAAUGACUGUGGCAUAUUGACAAAAGAUGAUAAUCCCACUGAAGUUACAAAUGUAAAAACAGAUAAAGUUGAAAGUGAAAGUGCUAAUGACUGUGGUAUAUUGACAAAAGAUGAUAAUCCCACUGAAGUUACAGAUACCAGUCAUGAUACUAUUGACGAAAAUAACUCAAAAGACCAAAUGGAUCCUAAUCUGACAGUCAGUGAGAAAUCUGAUGAUGAAAUUCCAACUACUGAGAAAACUGAUGAAGUUCAUGCUAAGCCUGUUAAAACAUCUGAGGAAAAUCCUAUGGAGAAUGACCCAGCUGAUGGUGCUGCAAACCCGAUGGAAGAAAACCAAGCUAAAGAAAAUCAAGAAGAGAAGCCGUCUUCUGAUGAAAUUUCUGAUAAUAAGUUAGGCGACAAUGCAAACUCUGAUGUUAGUUCUAAAGGCCAAGAAAACACAGAUACAACUAAUAAUAAAGGUGAUGGUACUACUGAUGUCACUGAGCAACAAGCUGCUAAUACUUCUCAGGGGUCUAAUGCAGGUGAUGUCAAUGGCGAUGAACCAACAGAAGUUAAAACUGAAGAAAAGCAAGAUGCUGACACAAGUCAGGUGAGUGCUGAUAAUACAAAUGUUGAAACUUUACAAGUAACAAAUAACCAUUUAGGAGAUAAAGAAACAAAGGAAAAUAAGCGAAAAUUAUCUACAGAAGACUCUUCACUUGAUGUUUCUGCCAAAAAACCAAAAUUAAGAGAAAGUGAUUGCCUUAGACCACAAGGUGAAAGAAAAAUUUUCAAAGGCGCUACGUUUUGGCCGAGCCAUUUCCGACAAAAAUUGUGCACUUGUAAUGAAUGCAUUACCAUGUACAAGGAUUUGUCUGUUUUGUUCCUAAUAGACCCUGAAGAUACAGUUACUGCUUAUGAAGUUUUAGGCAAGGAAAAAACUGAUGGUGCUGCUUCUACUCAGUAUGAGAAAGGCCUCGAAGCAUUAUCAUCUCUAGGAAGAAUUCAGCAGAUUAAUGCACUGACAGAGUAUAACAAGAUGAGAGAUAAGUUACUUGAUUUUCUCAAAAGCUUUAAAGAUAGAAGGGAAGUUGUCAAGGAAGAAGAUAUAAAGGCCUUUUUUGCAGGUAUGAAACCAAAAAGAGAGCCAGAUGGUGUGUAUUUCUGCAGAUAAUUUUUUAUUCAAAUAGUGACCAUUUUA